AUGGACUCCCAGCAUCCCUACUCCUCCGCCCAGGUCCCGGCCGGGUAUGCGUAUGCCAGUGCAGAGUUUGAUCAGUACCUCGCUUUUGGUGAAAACCAGCCCACCCUACAAGCCCACUCCCUCCCAUCCCUACAUUCUCAACAUGGCACGAAACGUCGUCACCAAGAAAUGGAGCAACAGGGGAACCUCAAUGCCUUCCAGCAGCACAGCUCCGACCACACCAUGGCGCAGGGACAGGCAGUUGAGACAGACGUCCUCCAACAAGAGAUCAAUGUCCUUCGCCAACAAUACCAAGCUCUCCUGCAAAAGCACUCCACAGAGAUCCGGCAGUUGAGAGGGGUCACCCAGAGGUACGCCACGGAGUUUCAAAAGUCGAAAAGCAAUGGGGUCCGCCUCUUGCAGGAAAACACGAGGCUCAAGGCCUAUUGCAACAUGCUCCGAGGCAACUUCCACUUCGAAGUCAAACCGAAUGGCCUCCUUCAGCCUUUCCUCCCAACCACCGGUCAGCUCGCCGACUUCUCGAACCCAAUGCCGCCCUACAUGGAGGACUACAUGAGGCGCAUCCCGCACAACCCGCAACACGCAGGCCAGGUGAUCUUGGCCGAUCCUAGUUGCCAGCUGCCCCAGAACAACGAGCCGUCCGCCCCACUACUGCUUCCAAGGCUCACACCCAGGCAAACGGUGGAUCUAACCUGCGACUCCGACGAGGAUGAUACGCCCGCCCCCGUUGUGUCUGGUUACAACCCAGUGAGCGGUACUCCAGUUCCUCCUCGCAACCAGACCCCUGGCCCUAUCGCUUCCUCCUCUUCCUCUUCCCACUCUUCUCCUGCGGCGCAUAACAUCGAGGGCGCUGCUCCUACGGUAUAUGCAGCCAGCGACAGUGGCUCUCUAUCCUCACUCCCCGGGCCAGCCGGGCGCUUGCCAACUCCUCCGACCUCUUCGGCGGAGGACACCUCGUCCCCCAGCCCCGGCCCCGGCCCCGCCAAGCGUGUCAAGCGAGACUAUUCGACCAUGACGUGGAUGAUACCCUCCGGCAACGAGGCCCUCAACAGGGCAAUAGGCCACCUGCCCGGUCCAGAGACCGAGAUGCUUCACCAACAAGCCGCAGCCGCCCGCGCAGCAGCUAUGCUUGCAUCUGCACCUGCGAAGCAGAGUGACAGGAAAGCCCCGGCUGCUCGCAAACAAUCCGCACGGGCUCCUGCUAAGAAGGCUGCCCUUGCACGGGCCCCCACCGGCGCUGCAGCCGUUCCCGUUCCCGUUCCCGCUCCCGCUCCCGCCCCCGCUCCCGCUGCCACACAUACGACUGUGGCAAUGACAACGACAACAGCUCAAGCGGCUGCCGAUGAAGCCGACACUCAGGCGGAUGUGACCGAGGAAGACGUGGCAGAAUUCGCCGACCUUUGGGAAGAACAGGAAGUGGCAACGACUGCGGUGCAGACGGACGCCCUAGACUUCGACGAAGCAGAGACUCAGGCGGAUGUGACCGAGGAAGAUGUGACAGAAUUCGCCGACCUGUGGGAAGACCAGGAAGGGAUAACGACUGCGAUGCAGACGGAUGCCCAAGACUUCGACGACGACCUUUUUUGA